AUGCCUGUGGCCAAACGAGGACUUGUCGCUCCACAAAAUACAUUCCUCGAAAAUGUCAUCAGACGCUGUAAUAGUGCCGAUACCAGCUUCAUAUUAGCAAAUGCUCAAAUAGUUGAAUAUCCUAUUGUGUACUGUAACGACGGCUUUGCUAAAAUGGUUGGAUAUUCGAGAGCCGAAAUUAUGCAAAAGCCAUGCUCACUUUCUUUCAUGCACGCAGAUUAUAGUGAGCCAGAAGCAGUAAAAAAGAUUCAGAAUGCUUUAGAUUCAUGUCGAAAUGAGCAAACUGAAAUUGGUUUAUGCAAAAAAAACAAAAGUCCAUUGUGGCUUUUGGUGCAUAUUGCCCCAAUAAAAAAUGAUCGUAAUCAGGUCGUACUCUAUUUAUGUCAGUUCAGGGAUAUCACACCUCUUAAGCAAUCACUUGAUGAUGAAAAUAAUAAAGGUAAUUAAUU